UGUCGUCGCGGGGUUUGCUGCUAAGCGCCUGUCAACGCCUCAUUGUUGCACCAUUCGUAGCCGCGAUCGAUCCUCCUUGGGUUUUGCUGCUGCCUUCCCCCUGUUGACAAUGCGAGACCGCCCACAGCCAGGCCGGGCAACAGCGACCGACAGUUCAUCGUAUCGUCCCACUCUGUUUGCCCCCGCAGAACAGCCAGCCCCUUUCCCUUUGACAAUUUUCAGGGGUCUGUCGGUCCGCCCUGGGUCCGAGCACCAGACACGAGUCGCGUCUUGAAGAAAUUGGUCGCUUCCCUGCUUUGCCGACCCAGCCCUUGUCUGCUGUCCCAAGCUGAGUGCGGCUCCAGAGGUGGGAAGUGAUGUCCGGCUGCACUGAGAAACCAAACAAACGAAAGAAGCAGCAAGCUAUUCGACGGUGGCAGAAUGACCAACGGGUGGUCCAUCGUCACAUCAAUAGCGUGGGCGGCUAGAGGGAUGGAUGCUGGUUUGUCAAGAGGACAAAUUUAGCAAUCACCAGCAACGCCACAAUCCACUAGCCGUCGCAGUAAGCAGUCACACAACCGGUUGGCGCACGUGACGUACACUUGGCCCUUGAAACUCAGAGCACGGAACGUUGGGGGCAUCCAAGUAGACAUCAGCCAGUUCCCCGUGACUGCGCGUUUGUCGUGGGGUAGAGCAUAUUGACCAGCAAACCGCCAUGCCACGCUUUUUUAACCAAAGCAGCAUCGCCUAGGGGACAGCUCGCCGUCUGCCAAACAGGUUUUGCAGUUGAUAGAUAUGUCUUGGUCUUGCUGCGUUGCCCAGAAGUGGUUGCUAGCAGCAUUAUACGGCCGAUUCCGGUUUGAUUAACAGCAAAACCUAAAUCAUCCUUUUCGGUGUGUUUAUCAUACCUGGACAGUCGGCUCCGCGCGUCCGGUACGCACCACGUCGACCCUGGACGGCUCCAUCCGGGCGGACCCGCAUUAGAAAUCCGGGUGACAACGUUAUGUUCGGCCUGAUCGGGUAUUUUUACAAGUCCCGGCCCUCUGAUCGGGGAUUUACAAGUCCCGCCCCCGCAACGACGCCCGAUAUGUCCAAGGUGUCGAGCGGCAGCAAGACAACAAGCCCAUCGACUUCGGGAUGCCGGAAACGCCGCACCGACGGCUGGGAGUGGUGCGCCUCUUACAAAAAGAUGCAGUCCGCCGGGCUACAGCCAUCUUUGUCCACUGCAUCCCUCCUGAUUGAAACUUUCUCUAAUCACCACCCCCUAAGACAUAACAUCCACAAUCGCCCCAGGCCUGCCUCUAACCACCAUGGCAACCAAGGAGCACCAGGUUGUUAUCGUCGGCGGCGGCAUAACGGGCCUUGCCAUGGCCCUGAUGCUGGAAAAGCUCGACGUCGACUACGUGCUCCUCGAGGCCUACAAGACGAUCACGCCCAAUUUAGGCGCCAGCAUCGGACUCCUCCCGCACGGCGAGCGCGUGCUGGACCAGCUGGGCUGCUGGGACGCGUUGAGGGAGCGGUCCAUGCCCUUCGAGAGAGUCGUCCUGCGCGACGGCGUCUCGGGCCGGCGGGUCCGCACAUGGCCCUUUGGCGACGUCCUGGAGAGGCGGCACGGCUACCCGUCCGUCUUCACGUCGCGCUACGAGCUGCUGUGCGUCAUGCACGAACGCGUGCGGGACAAGCACCGCAUCCUGACCGAGACGAGCGUCGAGCGCGUCGAGACGCACCCGGACCACGCCCUCGUCCGGUGCGCGGGCGGCGGCACGAUCCGGGCGCAGGUCGUGGUGGGCGCCGACGGGGUGCACAGCACGGUGCGCCGCGAAAUGUGGCGCAACGCCGACGAGGCCGGCGACGAGGGCUGGAUCCCGGCGCGGGACCGCGCCCCGGUCCCCGUCGAGUACGGCUGCGUCUUCGGCACCGCGAGCAAGCGGCCUCGGGCGCUGGUGCCUGGCGAGACGGUGCUGGCCAGCGGCCCGGGCCUCAUAGCCACCCUGAUGAGCGGGCCUGACGGGACCGCCUUCUUCUUCAACUACUGGGAGCUCCCCAAGGACCGGCAGCUGUACGAGCUGGACAAGCUCCCCCGCUUCACCGAAAAGGACAAGGCUGAGCAGACGGCGCUCGGCGGGCACCUUAUCAUCAGCGACGGCGGCGCGACCAUGGGCGAGAUGGUGGCCGAGGCCAAGAGCUCCUCGGGCGUCACGUCGAUACCCGUCUACCUGAUGCGGCGGUGGCACCACGGCCGCCUCGUCAUCCUGGGCGACGCCGCGCACAAGUUCAACCCCUUGACGGGCAUGGGCGGCAACGGCUGCCUCGACUCGUGCGCCGCCCUCGUCUCGGAGCUGCACGCGCGCGGCCUGCUCGGCCCAGACCAAAAGGACGGGCCGUGGCCGCUGGCGUCCGUGUCGGCCGCCUUCGCCGCCACCGAGGCCGAGCGCGUCCCCCGCCUCGCGCCCCUGGUCGGGUCGUCCGAGAGCGCGUCGCGCGUGCUGGCCUGGCAGAAGGGCUGGCACAAGGCCCUGCUCCUCUACCUGCUGCCGCUCGUGCCCGCGAGCGUCAUGCUGCGCCCGCAGAGCGUCGAGUGCGCCCGCAGCCCGGGCGCCCGCUUCAUCCCCGCGCCCGACCGCCCGCACGAGUGGAAGUUUGCCGACGAGCAGGAGGCCGCGGGCCAGGGUGGGCUGGCCGGGCGGGCGCUGGCGGCCCUGGUUCCAGUGCUGGUCGCCGUGCUUGCCGCGUGGACCAUCAAGGGGGGAUACGCACCGGCUCGGCUUGGGCUGGUUGGGUUCGGGAGUGUGUAGGGCGUGUACUUGAGUGGCUUCGUGCUUAACGUUAUUUCCAUUUGUACCUUGCUUGUGUUUGAUGGCAUUUAUAAAACUAGGCUAGACACAUUCAACUGCUGUUUCACUGCCA